AUGGGUCAAACCCUUUCCGAGCCCGUUGUCGAGAAGGCUUCGGCUCACGGCGAAGAUGACCGCCUCCUCUACGGUGUUUCCGCCAUGCAAGGCUGGAGAAUCAGCAUGGAGGAUGCCCACACAACCGUUCUCGACCUCCUAGCCGGCGCUAGCAGCAGCGACACCAAGGCGCACCCUUCCAGGCUCUCCUUUUUCGGAGUUUUUGAUGGACACGGCGGUGACAAGGUGGCGUUGUUUGCUGGCGAGAACAUCCACAAGAUCGUCGCCAAGCAGGAGGCCUUCAAGUCUGGGAACUAUGAACAGGCGCUGAAAGACGGAUUUCUCGCCACUGAUCGAGCCAUCUUGAAUGAUCCCAAAUAUGAAGAUGAGGUUUCCGGCUGUACCGCCUGCGUGGGCUUGAUCACCGACGACAAAGUUUAUAUUGCCAACGCCGGCGACUCCCGCGGUGUGAUUGGUAUCAAGGGCCGAGCGAAGCCCCUGUCCCAAGAUCAUAAACCUCAGCUCGAAGCCGAAAAGAACCGUAUCACCGCCGCUGGUGGCUUUGUCGAUUUCGGCCGAGUAAACGGAAACCUUGCCCUUUCCCGUGCAAUCGGAGAUUUCGAAUUCAAGAAGAGCGCCGAGCUCCCUCCCGAGGCCCAGAUUGUCACCGCGUUCCCAGAUGUCGAAAUCCACGACUUCACUGAUGACGACGAGUUCCUCGUUCUUGCUUGCGACGGCAUCUGGGAUUGUCAAUCUUCUCAGGCGGUUGUCGAAUUUGUUCGUCGCGGCAUUGCCGCGAAGCAGGAUCUCGACAAGAUCUGUGAAAACAUGAUGGACAACUGUCUGGCGUCCAACUCGGAUACUGGCGGCGUUGGCUGCGAUAACAUGACCAUGACUAUCAUUGGUUUCCUCAGGGGUCGCACCAAGGAGGAGUGGUAUGAGGAGAUUGCCCGCCGGGUAGCGAAUGGAGACGGACCUUGCGCUCCUCCUGAAUAUGCCGAAUUCCGAGGUCCUGGUGUUCAUCACAACUUUGACGACAGUGACAGCGGCUACGAUAACACGGAGCUGGAGCAGCGCAGCCGGUCCCUUGGCCUCGCCGGCUAUCAAGGCCGCGUCAUCUUCCUUGGUGACGGCACCGAGGUCCACACCAACCCCUCAGACGACGCUGAUAUGGUAGACCAGACGGAGGAGGAUAAGGAUCUAGUAAGCCAGGUUACCAAGAGCGACAAGAAGGAGGAGGUCGUAACCGAUGCCAAGGAGUUGGCCGAUAACGCAAAGGCGGAAACUGAGCAAACCAAGGCGGAUGAUGUCAAGAAGGACUAG